UUUUUUUCAACCUUUGACAUCCCUGGUAUUGCUGUUGUCAUGCUAUCCUUUUUGGAAAUUUAUGGCGAAAGCUCUUUUUGAUUUUUCUAUUAAUAAAAGUCGAUCUCUUAUUUUAUUUUUUCUUCUUUGUUUAUUUAUCAAACCUAGUUUACUUUUUUCACACAUUUACAUUCUUUUAGAGUUAAAUUAUUAUAAUUCGAUGGGAAAAACUUCGAAGGACAAGAGAGAUAUUUAUUAUCGCUUAGCAAAGGAAAAAGGUUGGCGAGCCCGAUCAGCAUUUAAACUUUUACAACUAGAUGAAUCAUUCAACGUUUUUAAAGAUGUAACUCGCGCUGUUGAUCUGUGUGCUGCGCCAGGAUCAUGGAGUCAAGUUCUUUCCUCGAAACUUUACUUAAAUAAAGAUGAAGAAGAACGUAAACAAGUCAAAAUUGUUGCUGUUGAUUUGCAACCAAUGUCAGCACUUCCCGGAGUUAUCCAAAUUCAAGGAGAUAUAACAGAGGAUGCAACAGCAGAAAAGAUUAUUUCUCAUUCUGAUGGACAACUAGCACAAUUGGUUGUUUGUGAUGGGGCUCCAGACGUAACUGGUUUGCAUGCCUUCGAUGAAUAUCUUCAAAGCCAGUUGGUUUUCUCGGCUUUCAACAUAACUUCUUGCAUAUUAACUCCAGGGGGAACAUUUAUUUCUAAGAUUUUCCGUGCAAAAAACGUCAACAUAAUUUAUGCCCAAAUGAGCCAAUUCUUCAAAGAAGUAAAUUGUUGUAAACCAAAAAGCAGUAGACAGUCAAGUUGUGAGGCUUUUAUAAUCUGCCAAAACUAUUCCCCGCCUGAAGGAUAUGAACCGACUUUGUGUAAUCCAAUCUUGUCAGCAAAUUAUUGUUCGGAUGACUGUAUUUCUUCCCUAAAAUCUCCUACAAAUAGAGCUUUGGUUCCAUUCAUGGCUUGUGGUGAUUUAUCAGGAUUUGACUCUGAUCGAACUUAUCCUCUGGAAUUAAGCAAGAUAUCUGAAGAAUUUUCUGACUGGAAAUAUAUUCCUAGAUCAGUUGUACAACCACCAACAGAGCCAGCUUAUAAAAAAGCCUUGGGACUAAAGAAGGACGGUUCAAUGUUAAAUAAAGAAGACAAACAAUCAAAACACUUAAACGAAAGAAGAAUAAAUACUAAUUUGACGGAUGACGAUGAAGUUGUUGUUGAAGAACAAAUAUUUUAUGAUGAAUGCGAUGAAAAUUGUUUAUCGAUUUUAAAUAUUUCUGGUUGA